AUGGUGACGCUCCAACAGACAGAUGUGACAGAUGAUCGACCAAAAACACCAACUGAACUCUCAUCGUUGGCCUCAACGCUAAAAUCGCAACCUACUGCGGUGGUGGUUCCGCCUCCCUCCUCUCAUACUACGCUCACCCCCUGCGACGGCAUCACCGCGCUCCUCGAAGAAGGCACCGAGGUCAAAUACACGGUCGGCUGCUACUCCCACCGCGAGCGCCCCCUCCUCGGCGCCCAGCUCACCUCGGAAGAAGGAAAGCCAGGCCCAAUCGACGAGCUGACCAUCCUGCGCUCCAACGAGUUCUUCAUCGAUUACUACAAGCCCAAGCAGGCGCUCUGGUAUGGUACAUUUACCGGUACCUACGAGGCCGAGAAGGACGGCGACUUCGAGUUCGGUCUCGCCGUGUAUGGAGCCGCGAACCUGGACGUCAACAAUGAGCUUGUUGGUGACGAGACCACGCAGACGCAAGGCCAGGCAUUCUGCGGCACAAUCUGA